ACAGAACUAUAUAUACAUAAUUUUGUACAUAUACGGAAAUCAUGAUUUCCCUUUGGUAACUGGCCAAUACCGAUCAACAGGCUACAGAUCUCAUCUUCUCCAUUUUAAUUAUCUUGCUACAGAUACUUGAUCAGUCCAUCAUCUUGAAAAAUGCAACAGACAAAUUUCUUCGUCGCAAUAACUUUUCUAGCAGUAGCCCUUCAGUUCUUCUUACAACCUCAACUGGCUUCAGGGCAAGGAAAAAUGGCGACAGUGUUAAGUAUAGAUGGAGGGGGUGUUAGAGGAAUUAUUCCAGGCACCAUUCUUGGCUUUCUUGAAUCAAAGCUUCAGGAAUUGGAUGGAGCCAAUGCAAGACUUGCAGACUAUUUCGACGUAAUUGCUGGAACUAGCACCGGUGGUCUAGUGACCACCAUGAUUACUGCUCCGAACAAGGACAACCGUCCGAUGUACGCCGCCAAGGAUAUCAACAAGUUCUACUUGGAGAACUGUCCCAAGAUCUUCCCACAGAGCAGACGAAACGAUUUCAUCACCAAGGUUAAAAGCUUGUUUGGUAAGGUAACCGGGCCCAAAUAUGACGGGAUGUACCUGAAGUCAUUGACAGAGGAGCUACUAGGCAGCAUCACCAUAAAUCAAACCCUAACUGACGUGAUCAUACCAGCUUUCGACAUCAAACGGCUUCAACCAGUAAUCUUCUCCACCAAUGAUGGAAAGGAAAAUGUUUCAAAGAAUGCUCUACUAUCAGAUAUUUGCCUCGGCACUUCUGCAGCUCCCACGUUUCUUCCGGCACAUUACUUUGAGACUAAGGAUGGAGAUGGAAAGACUCGAAGUUUCGAUCUUAUCGAUGGCGGGGUAGCAGCAAAUAAUCCUACUUUAAUGGCCUUAACUCACAUUUCCAAACAAAUCCUGAUGGGAAAAUUUAAGUUCGUUGACAUGAAACCCAUGGAGAGCAGCAGGAUGUUAGUGCUAUCAUUGGGUACUGGUACGCCCAAGCUAGAAGAAAAGUAUAGUGCAGAUGAAGCCUCCAAAUGGGGUCUGCUCAGUUGGGUUUAUGAAAAUGGCGCGACGCCAAUUGUUGAUGUAUACAGCGAUGCAAGCUCAGAUAUGGUCGAUAUUCACGUUUCCACUCUCUUCCAAUCGCUCUAUAGCGAAAAGAACUACCUUCGAAUUCAGGACGACACAUUAACCGGGGAUGCAUCUUCAGCAGAUAUUGCUACGACGGAGAAUCUACAGAAGCUUGUGCAAAUCGGAAACGAGCUAUUAAAGAAGCCGGUCUCCAGGGUGAAUUUGGAGACAGGCAGGUUUGAUGAGGUUCAAGGAGAAGGUACGAAUGAAGCGGCUCUAAUCCGCUUCGCAGAGCUGCUUUCUGAAGAAAAUAAGCUCCGGCCAGCUGAAUUGAGGCCCAAUCCCGCUCAGGUCGUUCCAACAACCAGCGGGGAGCACCUCAGACGAUCGCGCGCAAUAACUGGCAUCUUUCUAGCCUGCAUAUUCAUGGAACUCAUUCUCAUUUAGAAAGCUUCUCUCUAUCUUUCAGCAACUGAACGAGAAGGGGUUUAGGAAAGGACUUUUGAAUUGGAUGCGGUCGCCCAGCGAGAAAGGCCCUGACCCUGCCAACCAAGUGAAAAUCAAAUAGAAAUAAUUAAAAACCCCAUUUCAGGAUUGCCAUAAAAACGUUUCUUGUACGAGGAUUUUAAUCUAUCUGCGUGGUUCCCAUUAUUUGUCAAUAAGAGAGGGCAAUAAAGGCACCCACAAUGCCUCUUUUUUUUUAUUUAUAUAUAUAUGUAAUGUGUUUGAUGACCUAAA